AUGGCAUGCUCUGCUAUUACUGGUAAAUUGACAGAUAUUGCUGAAGUGGCGGAGUCCUUGGAUUCGGUAAUACGUGAUAUUCAAGAGAAUUCGCAGCGUGCAGAAGUUGAAUCGAUUACAACGGCAAGUCCACGUGAUAAGAAGCUGGGCACCCUAAGGAGUACAAGUAGUGAGGAUUGGCAUUCCCGUUCCACGGAAGAUGAUUCAUUUGUAACGGCCUCAGAGGGUCGUACAUCAUCCUAUAUGAGCUGCAAUCAACGUUCAUUCGACUACAGCGAAGGUGAUGAUUCUACACUGGCCUUUGAUAUGCCCGAUAUUAAUUCACCGUUCAAUAUGUCAUUCGAUGAAUCGGAACAAAGUUUCAUCUCUGCCCAACAGGAUGCAAGUAAAACACCAACAAAAUUAUCCGAUAAUGUUGAUGGCGCUCUGGAUGAAGAGGAUCUUGAAGAUCCCAGUAGUUUGGCUGAUAUUGAAGAUUUACACAGUGAAAGUGUUACACCGACACCAGCCGAAACAGAAGAGCUAUAUGUUGAUAGUAUACCGAUAGAAUCGGAAACUGAAUUAGAAGUGGCGGGUAUUGUUGAUGCACCCACAUUAGAUGUUUUAACCGAAAAUGCCGCUGUACCAUUGUCCGUAACACCAGAGGUGAGCUCAAAACAAUGUGAAUUAAAUGCUGAUGAAGAUGAUGCUUCUGCAACAACGACCGCUAAUAUUUCCCAAUGCAAUAACACUAACCAUAAUGCCAAUAACAACAACAACAAUGCGACAAAGCCAAAUGCUGCCUGGCGUCGUAGUAAAUAUUAUGAAAAUAUAACAAAACAAACAAUAAAAGGAUUUUUAUGA